GAACAAGAUUCAUUCGAAUUAUCCACCAUCCAAAUCGAUAAUUUGCUCAAGGAUAGUGUAGGCCCUGGAGUCUGUCGCGAUUGGGAUUCGUUAGAUGAGAAAGAAAUGCUUACCAGACUUAAAGAGCAGUACCGUGCGGAUCGAUGCAAAGCUGCCAAGUCCGGUGCUCACUCCCCACGAGUCUCCGGCGAUCCACAACACCAGACAUCGUCACAUGAUGGCAUCACAGACCCCGAAUUCGUUAUUUCUUCCUUAUUAGCCGGUGACAUCGAUGUAAAGCGCCCUGCGGUGACCAAUCCGACCGGUUUGGAAUCUACUGAUCCUGCCGCCUUGCUCGUGUACCACGACCAGACCGCUGUAAAAGAUGAGCCGGUCUCUCCCCGAGAUGAGCUUCUUCUUUCUCGUGGAGCACUAUCCCCAACCUCCCCCGGACUUUCUCGAGUUGUCAGAGGGACCAAGUCCGCGGCUCCUACUCCGGGUCCGACCACUCUAGUCUUAGGAGAUCUGGCCAGUUUGACUGUGGCCAACGAGUCCGAUGCCAGCGGACAUUCUCGAGCUGCUGUAGCGGCUGCUAUGGAUAAUCUAGAUGGUGUCGGAGACCUCAUGGCCCUACGUAAUACAGGCUCCGUCGCCCCAGCAACUUCCACUACCACUUCGGGUGGUAUGAUAGCUGGCAAUCCCGGUGCGGCUACCGUGACCAGUACAUCAUCACCACCGGAACCGGUCUCAUGGACCGCCAAAUAUACAUUGCGCAGUCAUUUCGAUGCGAUCCGGGCGAUAGCGUUUCAUGCGACUGAACCCACUCUCGUCACAGCGAGCGAGGAUCACACACUGAAACUGUGGAACUUAAGUAAAACGGUCCAAGCGAAAAAGUCCACCAGUUUCGAUGUCGAACCGGUCUACUACAUUGGUGAACUAAAGUCACAUGAUUUUCUCAGGGAUUCACAACUGAAGCCUUUGGACAGCCAAAACCCAACUCACAACGCUGUCGAUUGA